UCCAAAGUUUUGACUGAAAGGAUUGAUGACCAGUUCAGUGAAGUUACGCGUUCAUUGGAGAAGCAUGAAGGCAUCAAAGAACAGUUAGUGCAGUCACUAAGCCGUGAUUGCGUUGUUCGUCGACAUGUGGUUGUAAAAGAGACAGCUGAGGAACAUCGUAAUGUAGGAGGAGACGAAGAACAAAUCUCACCUCUGCAAGUCACAAAAGCAGAGCUGAAGUUCACGGAGACAGAUGACGAACUUUUAACAAUCACACAUAACGGUUCCAUGAUAGAGUGCGAGGACUUGUCCCGUGCGGGUUGGUCUACAGCUCUGACAGACGGUCGUUACCAGACCGGCAGGCUCUACUGGGAGUUUGACAUCUCCGUCCUUCCGUCAUCCCCACACUCCUAUUGCUACUCUUGCGUAGGCGCCGUGCAGCAAGGUUGUGACUUGGGCAGUAAGCCUGGUACUAACAGCUGGUACGUUGUCAUCGAGUACCGUGAGGACGAAGUCCGGUACUACAGCCCGUGUGGAGGUGAGGUCCAAUCCGCGUAUCAGCAGUGGAGUCCUCACCAAGUACCUCAUCACUUGGGUCUCUGUCUGAAUUGUCACGAUGGGUCACUGACCGUAUUAGACCGUGCUAACAAUCAACUAAUCUACAAAUUCAUUGACCUGAAGUUUAGUGCAGAGGUCCUUAUUCCUGCCGUCGGGUUUUGUAUGGUGAAGUCUGCCUCGGCUCGCAUUAUAACAGGAGAAUCAGUAGAUAUAACCCAGCUUCUCUCCACCAUGUUAAAUAUUGGGUAGCGAUCAGUGUUUCAUUUUUAAAGAUUACAUUUUGUUAGCGCAAUGUGCUGUUGUUGCUGUGGUUAUUUUGUUUUUAUACUGAAAGUUUCAUAUUUAGAUAUUUUCAUAUAAAUAAUAUACAUGUUUUGUA